ACCAACUUCGUUUCGGAAUCAGAAGCAAAGAUAUUUUUAAUUUCUCAUGUCUGACUGAUGCCUGUUCUGAUCAAAACGCACUGUAAGGGCAUUGUCUAAUUCCUAGCCCCCAACAUAAAGCGAGAGAAUCCGAAAAGCCCGUUUAACAAAGGAUUCAGAUCCGUUCUGGUAAUAAAUUAUUGUAAAGCUGGCUGAAGCAGUUUGUUCACAGACCWCUGCUAGAAUGUCAUCUACGCCAGUUGCUGAAAACUGGUGCUAUACACAGAUCAAAGUCAUCAAAUUCUCAUAUAUGUGGACAAUAAAUAAUUUCAGCUUUUGCCGAGAGGAAAUGGGAGAAACUUUGAAAAGUUCUACAUUUUCAGCGGGAGCCAAUGAUAAAAUGAAAUGGUGUUUACGUGUCAAUCCAAGAGGUCUGGAUGAAGAAAGCAAGGACUAUCUCUCACUAUACUUACUUUUAUUAUUAUGUAACAAAAGUGAAGUCAGAGCGAAGUUUAAGUUUUCUAUUUUAAAUGCAAACAGAGAGGARACUAAGGCAAUGGAAAGCCAAAGAGCUUAUCGGUUUGUACAAGGCAAGGAUUGGGGAUUUAAAAAGUUUAUUAGAAGGGAUUUCUUAAUGGAUGAAGCGAAUGGUUUACUGCCAAAUGAUACGUUGACACUCUUCUGUGAGGUAUCCGUUGAGGGUGACUCUGUCAAUGUUUCUGGCUCGUCCCAUUCUUCAGCKUUAAAAGUUCCUGAAAGCAAGCUAUCAACGGAUAUGGAAAAACUAUUAAAUAAUGGCACAUUCAGUGAUACAGUSCUAGUGGUAGACGGUCGGGAAUUCUACGCGCAUAAAGCAAUCCUAGCAGCUCGAUCUCCAGUCUUUAAUGCUAUGUUCGAGCAUGAAAUGACAGAAAGUCGUAAAGGGAGAGUUGAAAUUUCCGAUAUCGAUCCAGAUGUAUUYAGUGAGAUGUUAAAGUUCAUCUAUACAGGAAAUACACCACAAAUACAAGGGAUGGCAGAGGAUUUAUUGGCUGCAGCGGAUAAAUACGAUCUUGAGAGACUAAAAGUUAUGUGUGAAGAAGCUCUUUGUAACAAUCUGACAGUAGAUAAUGUUUGUGAUAUUCUCAUCUUGGCGGAUAUGCACAGCGCAAAACAACUAAAAGGACAAUCAUUGGACUUCAUCAAUAGCCACGCAACAGACGUCAUGGAUUCUACUGGCUGGAAGACUUUAGUUUGCGAUCAAGCACAUCUUAUAGCUGAAGUGUUUAAAUCGUUUUUAGCCUCGACCCAGACUCCUUGUAUAGGUCCUCCAAGGAAGAGGCAGAAGACGUCAUAAUCRAUUGUAGUUGAAUAUUCUUGAAUCCUUGUAAUAUAAUGGUGUAAAUAUAAACACUCUCUAGCCAUAUUUAUAGUCUCCAGCAUUACAUUGUAUAUUUUCAGUGGUUUGGGGGUGUUCAAAUAUAAACUUUAAUGAAUAUGCCUA